CAGUAAUGAGCAUGGCGUCUAUAAUUGAUAAACAGGAUGAGGAUGGUGUCUAUCCUGAUGUCCUCACUUGUUCGAUAUGUCUAGAACUCUUAACUGAUCCAAAAGUUACUCCCUGUAUGCAUACAGUUUGCCGUGGGUGUCUCGACAAGUGGAUUGAUCAAAAAGGACAAGAGAAAUGCCCUUGUCCGGUCUGCACCAUCGAGUUUGAGCCUCCAAAAGAUGGCGCCAAAGGCCUUAAGGGGAACUACAUCCUAAAUAACAUGCUAGAUGCGCUACAGAAAAGACUAAGGAGGAAAUGCGACGGUGAUGUGCAAUAUUGCAACAUAUGCCUUAAUGAUGAUGAGAAGGUCAAGGCGACAUCCAAAUGCAUUGACUGUGAUCAAUAUAUAUGUAAAGCUUGCACUCGAGCACACAGUAACAUUAAAGCCUUGAAGGACCAUAAAGUUAUUCAAAUUACUGGAGACGAACGCAAAGAUACCAAGGCUUUACUUCAGGUGAUUCCAAAGCGUAUGAAAUUUUGCGCUUCUCACGCUGAUGAACAAUUAAAGUUCUACUGUAUAAGAUGCAAGGAAGUUCUUUGCAGGGACUGUUGUAUAACAACGCAUAGUGGACACAAUUGUGAAAAUUUGAUAGAACAUGUGAAAGAAGACAUGAAAAAUAUUGCAACUCUAAUUCAAACAUCUGUUCAGAGAGAGGAGGAAGUGGACAUUGCAGUUCGGGACGUAAACGACUAUAAAGAGAGCCUACAAAAAGAUGCCUUGGAUGUGGAAACCAAGAUUACUAAAAAUGGACAACUCCAAAUUGCCCUUAUCAAUGAAUACUACAAUGAAGAACUCGGCAAGUUAGAACGAUUAAAGUCUGAAGAGUUUAAAAAAGCUGAUGCUCACAUCAACUAUCUUCAAAUGCAAAAUGGGAUCACGAAAAGCACGCGUCAACUCCUAGAUACCCAACAACAAUAUGGACACCCCGCUGAAAUCAUUAACAUGCGACAAGAGAUCGCAAAGAAGACUGAAGAAUGGUCAAAGCCGCAAAUGUUAAACUUUGACUCAAAGAUUGGGAUAACAUUCACUGAUGGGAUAUCGACAAACUCGUACUCAAGUCUGACACUUGGCAAAGUUGUCUCGAAGAGGAACAAUGCCAAACCAGAAGAUUUAUUUUCAUUCGGUUCAGAUGCAACAUUAAAAAGUGAUGCUUCUACACCUGGAGGUUUCAACUUUGGUGGUUCUGCAACUUCUGGUGGAUUUAAGUUUGAUGGAUUAUCUACUCCAAGUUCUGCCACUUCUGCCCCAAGCACUACAACAGCUUCUACAAGAGCAACAACACCUGGAGGGUUUAAAUUUAAUGGGGCAACACAAGCAACAUCGGCAGCAAGUGUCGCAACAAAAACUCCUCAGUUAGCUAUCCUGAAGUCCCUAUUGGAGAGUUCUAACGAUGGUGAUCAAAACGUUUCAGAUGAGAAGCCUAAAUCUCCAUUAGGUGGGUUUACCUUCUUCCAAGAAUGUGCAAAACUUUAUCGAUUUGACUCGGACACGAUGCAGUGGAAAGAACGUGGAACUGGCGUGAUAAAAAUCCUGAAGAGUAUUGAUGGCACCACUGUGCGAAUCCUCAUGAGACGUGAACACAUUUUAGCAGGGUUAAUCUGUGCAAAUCACAAAAUAACGCAGGAAAUGACCUUGACUGCAAUGCCGAAAAAUGACAAAUCCUGGAUAUGGCAUGCAGUGGAUUUCUACAAAGGCAAAUCAGUUCUUGAGCAAUUUUGUAUCAGUUUUAAGACUCCUGAAUCUGCAAAUAAGUUCAAAUUUGCUUUUGAAAGUGGCAAGAGAAUAAUGGCUGAGAUGCCAAAAUUACCUGAGAAGCCAAAACAACAGCCACUGAAAGUUGCUGACACAGUCGAUAUGUCUAAGUUUAAACCUAGUAAAGACAGCUGGGACUGUGAAACGUGUUACAUUAAUAAUCCGGGUGAUAAGACACAAUGCCCUGCUUGUUACACUGUUAAACCUGGCUGUGAACCCCCUGCUCAAGCCAAACCAGAAGGUUUAACAUUUGGAUCAGGCGGUUCUUGUUGUGCAGCUGCCUCAGCAGGAGGAAUGAAGUUUGCUAGUUUCGCUGCCCCAAGUGCUACAACAUCUGGAGGUAUUCGAUUUGAUGGAUCGUCUGUUCAAAGUAUUUCCACUUCUACUCCAAGUUCUGCCACUUCUGCUCCAAUCGCUAUCGCAACUUCUACAAGCACUUCAACAUCUGGAGGAUUAAAAUGUGGUUCAAGUACUGUCACCGCUGCUCCAAGCACUCCCACCACAUCCUCUACAAGCACGUCAAAACUUGGCGAUGCCUUCAACUUUGUCAGCACACUGUCAUCGUCCAAGGCAGCCAUUGAAAAGAGCCCUAUAUCGAGAGGAGAAGAUAUCAAAGUAGAAUCGUCAUCUUUAACGGAAACUCAAGGUGGCUUUGAAAUCGCUACCCAGAUAAGAGGCCUAUUUGGUAACCCACAAACCACAACUACUGGGACAUCAUUGCUCGAAAAAACUACACAGACUGGAGGCUUUUUCGGUAACACACGAGCCACAACUACUAGAACGUCAUUGAUCAGAAACACUACUGCCUGUACUGGAGGCCUAUUUGCCAACACACAAACCACAACUACCGUAACGUCAUUGUUCGGAAACACUACACAGACUGCAACUGGAGGACUGUUUGGCAGCUCAGCAGCAACAGGGUUUGGUGCGGCUGCACAUGCAGACACCACAGUGAAGUUUAAUCCUGUACAGGGAAUCGACAUAAUGUGGAAGGAUGGAGUAUCCACGCAAACCACAACCAGAUACCAGUGCAUUACUGCCAUGGAGGAAUAUGAUUCCAAAAGCAUGGAGGAACUUCGUGUCGAUGACUACCUGGCUAAUUGGAAGGGUGCCCAGGCACAGUCACAUGUGUCAACCCCAGUCACAUGUUGUGCAUUUGGGGCAAAAACUCCAGGUGGCUUUGGAACCACUACCCAGACUGGAGGCCUACUUGGUAACCCACAAACCACAAAUACUGGAACAUCAUUGUUAGGAAACGCUACCCAGACUGGAGGCCUGUUUGGUAACACACAACCCAAAACUACUGGAACAUCAUUGUUCGGAAACACUACCCAGACUGGAGGCCUAUUUGGUAACACACGAACAACAACUACUGGAAGGUCAUUGUUUGGAAACACUGCAAAGACUGACGGCCUAUUUGGUAACACACAAACCAAAACUACUGGAACGUCAUUGUUGGGAAAAACUACCAAAACUGCAACUGUAGGACUGUUUGGCGGCACAGCCGCAACAAGGUUUGGCACAGCUACACCUACAGGCACCACAGUGACGUUUAACCCCGUGCAGGAAAGUGACACAAUGAUGAAGGGUGGAGUAUCUACGCAAAUCAAAAGCACAUCUAGUGGGCAAAUCCAGGGACUUGGCCAUGGAGUUCCCGCUCAAGGUCAUCGAGGGCAAUUCCAGGUAUUAGGAUUUCAUCCAGGGUCUCGUCCAGUUGCCCAGGCACCUAUGCCAGCCCCUGGAUAUUUUAGUACACCUCCUAAACAAGCUAUUUCUGGAUCCUCUUCUCAAGGCUCCAUACCUGUUAGUAUAAAUACUUUGGCAGUAACCGGAUCCCCACUCACAAUGGCUGCUACGACUGUCAGCUCAACAAUGCCACCAAAUAUGGUAACAUCAAACACAUCUGGACUCCCUUCACAAUUUCCAGUUGGAGCUGAAGUUGGUACGCCAUUCACUCUAGCAAUGCCGCAAAAUACACCUACCAUCCCACCUGCUUCUGUUCCCAUAGCAACCAAUGUUCCUGCUGCAGCCAGUGUCCCUUUAGCAACCAGUGUGAGUGCAGCCCAGAUUGUCACUGGCACACCUAUCAAGGUUUCUUCCGAAGCAACAUCAUUAUACCCAGUGAUAACCCCUGUUACUCCACCUACCACAGGUAUUACACCAAAAUCCCCGAAAGAUUUGAAAGCUGGAGGAAAAAUGGGACGUGAUAGGCGGAUAUCUGAGAGAUCAUCAGAUGGCGAAUACUACCAUGAAAACGACAGCUAUAAUGAGCCUGAUUUUACUCCGAUUGUUCCUCUGCCAGAAAAAGUUGAAGUUGUCACUGGCGAAGAAGAUGAUGAGCCAAUAUUCCAAGAACGAGCAAAACUUUACCGAUUUGACUCGGAGACGAAGCAGUGGAAAGAACGUGGAACUGGUGAGAUGAAAAUCUUAAAACGUAUUGAUGGCACCUCUGUGCGAAUCCUCAUGAGACGUGAACAGGUUUUGAAAAUCUGUGCCAAUCAUAAAAUAACACAAGAAAUGGCCUUGUCUGCGAUGCCAAAAAAUGACAAAUCCUGGAUCUGGCAUGCAGUGGAUUUCUCCGAGGGCGAGUCAGUUCUUGAGCAAUUUUGUAUUAGGUUUAAGACGCCUGAAUUGGCAAAUGAGUUCAAAGCAGCUUUUGAAAAGGGAAAGAAAAUCAUGGCUGCAAUGCCGAAAUCACCCAUGAAGCCUAAAGAACAGCCAUUGAAAGUUGUUGACACAGUUGAUAUGUCUAAGUUUAAACCUAGUAAGGACAGCUGGGACUGUGAAACAUGUUACAUUAAUAAUCCGGGUGAUAGGACACAAUGCCCUGCUUGUAACACUGUUAAACCUGGCUGUGAACCCCCUCCUCAAGCCAAACCAGAAGGUUUUACAUUUGGAUCAGGCGGCUCUGGGUUUUCCUUUGGUUCAGGUGCAGCAUCAACUGGUGGUGCAGCUGCUACAUCUGGAGGUUUCAAGUUUGGUAGUUUGGCUACACCAGUAGCUGCUGUAGCUGUCACUAGUUCUUCAACUGGAGGAUUUAAAUUUGGUGGAUCAUCUACUCCAAGUUCUCCCACUUCUGCUUCAAGCACUACAACAGCUUUAACAAGUGCAACAACAUCAAGUGGAUUUAAGCUUGGUGGAACAUCUACUCCAAGUUCUAUCACUUCUGCUCCCAGCAGCGCCACAUCUACAAGCGCUGUAACAUCUGGAGGAUUUAAAUUUGGUGGAGCAACACCAACAACAACGGCAACAAGUGUCCCAGCGACAACUCCUAAGUCAGUUGGAUUUACUUUUGGGACUACGUCAGCUACCAAUACAAUGACAACAUCUAAUAAAGGGGCAGGAAUCCUGAAAUCUCUAUUGGAAAGUGGAGAUGAGUGCGAUCAGAAAGUUCCGGAUGAAACUGCUAAAUCUACAUUAGGUGGGUUUACCUUUUCAGAAAAGCCAAAGGUUGCUGAUGAGAAAAAACCUGAACCAGUUGCUAAGCCAGUUGAAGUGAAAAAGACUGAGGAAGCCCCUGCUGCUAAACCAUUUUCAUAUUUUUCAUUUGGGAGCACUAAAUCAACAGAAGAGAAAUCAAAACCUCUCGCUGCGUUCUCGUUUAAAGCUCCUGAACCGACAAAGAAACCAGAUGGUCCAUCUAGUGGUGUGCUUUUUGGGUCAUCUGGCGAUGCAUCAUCAUUUUCUAGCCUGGCUAGUGAGACUGCAAAGACCGAUGGUUUUAAGAAAACUGAAGGAUUUAAAGGAUUUGGUGGUGAGGGAACCCAGAUCUUUGGGAGUCCUAGUAGGACUAGAAAGGAGAGUGAGGGGAGUGAAGGGGGUGACGAUUAUGAGCCUAACGCUGAUUUUAAACCAAUAGUACCCCUUCCUGCUCUUGUAGAAGUCAAGACUGGAGAAGAAGAGGAAGAAGUUCUAUUCUCAGAACGUGCUAAAUUAUUCCGAUAUGAAACAGAGAAAAAGGAGUGGAAAGAACGAGGAUUGGGAAAUAUGAAAAUAUUGAAACAUAAAGAAACUAAAAAGCCAAGAAUUUUGAUGAGAAGGGAGCAAGUUUUGAAGAUUUGUGCAAACCACGCCAUAUCGACUGAAAUGAAAAUGGAACCCCAAAACCAGAGUGACAAAGCAUGGUGUUGGCAUGCUAAUGAUUUUGCAGAUGGUGAAUAUGUAGCCGAAUUUUUAGCUAUUAAAUUCAAAACUCCAGAACUUGCCAAAAAUUUCAAAGAUGUUUUUGAUGAAUGUCAAAAGAGACUUGGGGAGAUAUCUCAAGAUUCUUCGAAAGCAGAUGGCAGUGAAAAAGCCGGGAAUGUGGAUGACCUUGGUGAUCGGUUCAAACCAAAACAGGGAGACUGGGAAUGCCCUGGUUGCUAUGUCAACCAUGAAGCAAAUGUUGACUAUUGCAAUUGCUGCGGAUCGAAUAAACCAUCAGAUAAACAAGCAUCCAACGCUGAACCCAAAACAACCAAUGGGGAUCUGGCUGCCAUGUUUAAACCAGAAGAGGGAUCAUGGGAGUGCACUGACUGUUAUGUUAGGAAUGGUCCAAAACUAGUUACAUGCCCUGCUUGUGGAGCUACAAAACUUGGUGAAACAGUCCAAAAAUCUGAACCGAAAUCAUUGUUUGGGUCAGGGCCUACUGGCGUGAUUGGUGAAUCUGGAGGAUUCAGAUUUGGAUCGGGGGCUUCACCUUCCACUGCAGCAUUUAGUUUUGGGACGCAAAAGCCGACGAGUGAUACAGUUGAUGGAGCUAAACCAAGCAGUGGAUUUAGCUUUGGUAAAAAAUCUGAACAAUUCAGUUUUGGAAGUGCUAGUUCUCCAUCAGCUCAGAAAAAUGAAGCUGGAAGUAGCACAAGUGGACCACCUAGUAGCACAAAAGCAACAUUCAGCUCAGGUUUCUCAUUUAGCACUCCUACAACUAGUAGCUCAACGAAACCACUUGGAUCUGGAGGAUUCAGAUUUGGAUCAGGGGCUUCACCUUCCACUGCAGCAUUUAGUUUUGGGACGCAAAAGCCGACGAGUGAUACAGUUGAUGGAGCUAAACCAAGCGGUGGAUUUAGCUUUGGUAAAAAAUCUGAACGAUUCAGUUUUGGGAGUGCUAGUUCUUCAUCAGCUCAGAAAACUGAAGCUGGAAGUAGCACAAGUGGACCACCUAGUAGCACAAAAGCAACAUUCAGCUCAGGUUUCUCAUUUAGCACUCCUACAACUAGUAGCUCAACGAAACCACUUGGAUCUGGAGGAUUCAGAUUUGGAUCAGGGGCUUCACCUUCCACUGCAGCAUUUAGUUUUGGGACGCAAAAACCGACGAGUGAUACAGUUGAUGGAGCUAAACCAAGCAGUGGAUUUAGCUUUGGUAAAAAAUCUGAACAAUUCAGUUUUGGAAGUGCUAGUUCUUCAUCAGCUCAGAAAACUGAAGCUGAAAGUAGCACAAGUGGACCCCAUAGUAGCUCAAAUGGACCCUCUAGUAGCACAAAAGCAACAUUCUCAUUUGGAAAACAAUCUGAGCCAGAUUAUUCCACAACAGGGUUCUCAUUUGGAGCCAAAGAGGGCAGCACAGGUUUCUCAUUCAGCAUGACUCCUGCAGCUAGUAGCUCUACGAAACCACUUGAUCUUUCUAAAACUCCCACAGGGACAGCUAAAUCUCCAGGAGGAGAUGAGGGAUAUUACGUCAAUGAUGAUCAUGAUGUUCACUUUGAACCUAUUGUUCCAUUACCAGAUAAAGUUGAAGUGAAGACUGGCGAAGAAGAUGAAGACAUUUUGUUUGUGCACAGAGCUAAAUUAUUCCGAUAUGUCGAUACCCAAUGGAAAGAACGUGGUCUCGGGGAUAUUAAAAUCUUGAGACAAAAAUCAACAAAUAAAACCAGGCUUUUAAUGCGCCGCGAACAAAUCCUCAAAAUAUGUUGUAAUCACGCCAUAACAGAAGUAAUGGAAUUGAAACCAAUGUCAAAAGCAGACGGAAAAGCAUGGGUAUGGUUCGCAAUGGAUUGCUCUGAGGAAGAACCCAAACAAGAAAAUUUUGCCAUAAAAUUCAAAACUACUGAAAUUGCCCAACAGUUUAAAGACAUUUUUGACAAAGCAAAGUCAAACAGCUCAGAUCUUAAACCAGUUGAGAAUAUUUCUGAGGGGUCUGUGACACCUAAAAAAGACUCCUCUGCUAAAAAAGAAGAAUUUGUGCUCAAAUCUGAUGUAUCAACUACACCAGCUGAUGCCAAACCUUCCGAAUUUAAAUUCACUCCCUCACCCCCUGCUCAAAAAUUCACAAGUCCUCAAGUUUGCGAUGCCUUAAGUUUUGUCAGCACACCUCCUUCAUCAAAAACAACUAAUGAACAGAGCCCUCUAGUGAGAAAAGACGAUAUUAAAGUUGAAGCGCCAUCUUUUACAGAAACUGAAGAUUCAAAUGAUGACAUCGAAAUUGUAUAUGAAUGGAAGCCAACUCCCGAGCAAAAGAAACUGGCAGAAAAAUAUAUGUUGAAUCCAGGAUUCUACCGUUCAUUAGAGGCACCACCCUGUCCAGGAUGCCGAGGCUGCGACGAGGAGGAUUUGAUAGAGAGAGCAGAGACAACAUCAGCAGCACAGUCACUGCUUGGACAGCUCCUUUCUAGCACAACACCUGAAGUCCAAGAGCAAACUCUUACUCAACAAAUUUCCUCAACAACUGGUAACCAUGGCAACCUCAAACUCGCUGCAAAGCAGGUUCCAGUCGAAGAGGAGAUAGUUUCAUCGAGUACGGGUGUACAAGGCGAUUGUGGCAAUUUAUCAUAUAGUAAAGAAUUGAACAAAGGGGCUAGUGCUACUGUCAGUGAGGAAAUCAUUACUUCAACAACUGCUGAUGUGACCGUUGAUAAGGGAAAUCCAGAAUAUGAAAAACAACUUGAUAAAGGGUCAAAUCUCGUGAUAUCACCUGGACCAGAUGCAAAGAGUCCAGCUACUAAAGAUGAGAAGAACAAAGGUGACCAUAACAAUAUUAAUGAUGAGAAAAAGGAAGAUGAAGAAGCUGGUGGCUACGAUGAUGAAUAUGACGACGAGAACAACGAGGACGAAGAUGACGAAAUUAUCCUCUUUCAGAAAAGAGUCACUUUGUCGGUCAUUAUCGGGAAUAAUCAACCCAAGACUGUUGGCCUCGGGGAGUUGCUUGUUCUAUAUGACGAUGAGUUCUUUGGUUCACGCGUCACAAUGCAGGGAGAUGAUGGCAAUGUCAUAUGUAACCAUCUGGUUGCCACGGAGACAAGAAUUCAGAGGAAUCGUAAGAAAAAGUUCUGUGAAUGGGAGGCUAUAGACUACGCCACAAAUCAACCAAUCAGGCGGACUUUCCGGGCACAGUUCAGCUCAGAAAAUGCUGCGGAAGAAUUUGAGAAAAUGAUCAUAGAGGGCAAAGAGUUUGCAACACAGUCAGGGAUAUACGAGAGAGAUAUAGGUUGCGCAAUGCCCCGGGAAAUUGACAUUCCGGAAGUUACCGGAGGAAGUGUUGAAUCUUGA